AUGGCUGUUACGAGACGGGCGCGCAACGGCGGCGACGCCAGCGCCAACGCCAACACCAACGCGGGCGCCGGCGCCGGCGCUGGAACGUGGAGGGACGAAAAUGAAACGAGUGGUGCCUUGCCCUGUACCGUGUCGGCUAUUCAAAGUACUGCAGGCUCUGGGUUCCGGUUGGGAGAGGCGACGAAAUCAAGGGCGGUAUAUUUAAAACGCAUUUCUCGGUGUCGUCUUUAUUUAUCAUUAUCAAAGGUCAGCCGCAGUUUUCUUGCCGACACAGGAGCAGGCGACUCACGAGACGUUCUUGACUCGGAAAUCGACAUAAAGAAACUCUCGCCCGACCGACCUGUCAUUGCCAAGCUUUCGUUUGGCAGUUUGUCUAUUGCGGCGAGCUGGGAUUCCGCAACAGCCGGCUAUUCACUUCAUCCCAUCGUCAUUAGUCGGUAA